AUGUCAGACGUGCACGUCACUCAGUUGUUUCGCCAAGUGGUCUUUCUUUCUUUCUUUCUCUCUCUCUCCCUCUUCUCACGCUCAACUCUGAAGCGGCUCGAACACCGGAUUACUCUACUGUGAUUCGGCCGUCCUCCCCGUGUCCUUAGAUUCGAUAUCCGGUGGUUUGUCGGCCUCUUUGACCGUCUGUCCCAUAAUGCAUACGGUGAUCUCUCGGUUGAACUCAAACGUGGCGUACACGUCGUCGGUGUUGGGUGGCCUGGUGUUCAUGUGCUUUUUGUCCACGUUCUUCUUGGACUACACGACGCACGCCCAGAUUGGCACGGUCAAUGUGGUGGUCAAGCAUGUAUCGGAUUACUCGGCCUCGCGCGAGAAGAACGAUUUGGGCUUCCUGACCUUUGAUUUGCAGGCGGAUUUGAACCCGCUGUUCAAUUGGAAUGUCAAACAAUUGUUCUUAUAUUUGAGUGCCGAGUACGCCACGCCCAAGAAUGCCGUCAAUCAGGUCGUGCUGUGGGAUAAGAUCAUUCAACGCGGCGAGAACGCCCUCCUCAACUACAAAUCCAUGAACACCAAGUAUUACUUCUGGGAUGAUGGCAACGGCCUCAAGAACCACCAAAAUGUCACUCUUACGCUGUCAUGGAAUGUGAUUCCCAAUGCCGGCAAUUUACCCCGUGUUCAAGCCAAGGGUUCGCAUAGCUUCAAAUUCCCUGCCGAAUAUACGACCUCCAGAACAUAAGCCCCAAGAGGAAAGACACCACGAGGGUGACGCGAGACGAAAAGAAGUGGCCACUCAGUCACAAACCCGAGGCUGAUUUACAUCAUCGUUAUCAAUUUAUUAUCUUUGUUCUACCGCCUUGAUCCAUGAAUAAAGGAUCGAAACAGCCUCGACAUUUGACAAGG